AUGAGGAGCAGGAGCCUUGGCGCAGUGCUCACCGCGCGCUGCUGCUACCUCGUGCUCCUCCUGCAGCUGCUGACUCAGCUCCAGCCAGCCAACUCAGCGCUGCGAUACCGCGUGGCAGAAGAGGGCCCCGCUGAUGUGCGUAUCGGAAACGUUGCGGCGGACCUGGGCUUGUCAUCAACCGGCAUCGGUACCGGUGAUGUGACCUUUGCACUGGAGUCAGGCUCAGAGUACUUCAAAAUUGACAAUGUGACCGGGGAGCUAACAACUACAGUUCGCAGGAUUGACCGCGAGCGCCUGCCACAGUGUCAGAUGAUUUUUGACGAGAAUGAGUGUUUCAUGGAUUUUGAGGUGUCUGUCAUUGGACCACUGCAGAGCUGGGUAGAUCUGUUUGAGGGCCGUGUGGUCAUCACUGACAUCAAUGACAACACCCCCUCUUUCCCAUCUCCUGUCCUCACCCUCUCAGUGGAGGAAAACAGGCCCAUUGGCACUCUCUACCUUCUGCCCACUGCCACAGACCGUGACUUUGGACGCAAUGGCAUUGACCGCUAUGAGCUCAUCCAGGAUGGCAUGGGACCCUCAACUCCAUCCUCUCCCUCCUCCCAGAGGCGCCCCGGAGGAGGUGGGCCUGUGGGACGAGUUGAAAACGGAGACCGCCGGAGAGGCCCUGACCCAAUGACAUCAGGCCCGGCAGCAGGCGCAGGAAGUGGCGCCAGAAGCAGCGUGUUUGAGCUGCAGGUGGCCGACACACCUGACGGGGAGAAGCAGCCCCAGCUCAUUGUCAAAGGCCCGCUGGAUCGAGAGGCCAGAGACUCCUAUGAGCUUGUGCUGCGGGUGCGAGAUGGUGGCAACCCUCCCCGCUCCUCACAGGCCCUCCUCCGCGUCGCCAUCACAGAUGUGAACGACAACAGCCCCCGCUUCGACAGAGCCGUGUACGAGGCAGAGAUGGCGGAGAACACCCCACCUGGCACACCUGUGCUGCAGGUGCGCGCCACGGACCGCGACGUUGGCGUGAAUGGCCAGGUGGAGUACGUGUUUGGUGCAGCCACUGAGUCGGUCAGGCGCCUGCUACGCCUGGAUGAAGCCACCGGCUGGCUCAGUGUCCUCCACCGAAUCGACCGUGAAGAGGUGGCCCAGCUCCGCUUCACAGUCACCGCCCGCGACCGCGGUCAGCCGCCCCGCACUGACCGCACCACUGUGGUUCUCAACGUCCGAGACGAGAAUGACAACGAGCCAGUGGUGGAGAUCCGGAAAAUUGGCCGUAUUCCGGUGCGGGACGGGUCAGCUCUCGUCCCCGAAAAUGUCUUGGUUGACACCCCUGUUGCCUUGGUGCAGGUGUCAGAUCGGGACCAAGGGGAGAACGGGGCAGUGACCUGCACUGUAGUGGGAGACGUGCCUUUCACCCUCAAGCCAGCAGGUGAGACAGCCCUGGCCCCGCCGCCAGCCGCUGACGAGGCCUUUGACAGGAACCGCAAAAAAUACUUUCUUCACACGUCAGCGCUGCUAGACUAUGAAACCACGCGAGAGUACAGUGUGACCAUCGUGGCAGUAGACUCAGGCAGUCCCAGUCUCUCCAGCAACAGCUCCCUCUUGGUUCGAGUAGUGGACAUCAAUGACCAUGCCCCCACCUUUGCCCAAAACAUGAUAGAGGUGCACUUUGCCGAGAACAAUGCUCCAGGCGAGAGGGUGGUGACUGUGGUGGCGGCGGACGCAGACAGUGGCAAAAAUGCCGAGAUUGCCUACUCCCUGGACCCCUCUGUCAACGGGGCCUUCUACAUCGACGCCGACCACGGGGACAUCCGUGCCACGGGGUCACUAGACCGCGAGGUGCGUGAGCGCUACGAGUUCCGGGUGAUCGCCAGGGACAAAGGCACCCCGUCCCUGCAGGGCUCUGCCACUGUGGUGGUGCAGGUGACGGACAGAAACGACAACCCGCCCAAGUUUGUUCAGGAAGUCUUCACCUUCUACGUGAAGGAGAAUCUGCUGGCUAACAGCCCCGUCGGCAUGGUGACAGUCACAGAUGCUGAUGACGGAGACAACGCCGAGCUGAGCCUGUAUGUGGAGGACGACGAGGCCGAGGCGGAAGACGGCGAGGCGAGCGGGAGGAGGGACGAGGUGUUCUCCAUCGAGAACAACACGGGCACCAUCUUCUCCUCCGCCUCUUUUGACCGCGAAAGGCGCAACACUUACACCUUCCGAGUGCGGGCAGUCGAUGGUGGCGACCCACCUCUCUCUGCCACCGCCACCGUGUCCCUGUUUGUCACGGACGAGAAUGACAACCCCCCCUCUGUCACGGCCCCGUCCAACGAGUCCUACGCCCUCCUGUCCCCGGCCAGCAGCGCCAGGACUGUCGUGCGCACCGUGGACGCCUCGGACAGGGACACGGGCAACAACGCCGACCUCCGCUUCACCCUGGUCGGGGGCAACCCCUUCCGCUUGUUCGAGAUCGGUCCCACCAGCGGGGUGAUCACCCUGACGGAGCCCCUGGAGAGGAGGCACCGCGGCCUACACCGGCUGGUGGUGCGGGUUAAUGACAGUGGCGUGCCCUCGCUCUGUGCCACGGCGCUGGUGCAUGUCUUCAUCAACGAGACGCUGGCCAAUGCCACGCUGGUGGAUGCACAGGUGGCUCGAAGCCUGGCAGCACCGCUGUCGCUGGACAUCGCCGGUGACCCGGACAGCGAGCGGGCCCUGGGCAAGCAGCGCCUGAGCGUGGCCAUCGGAGUCCUGGCAGGGGCCGCCGCCGUCAUCCUGGUCAUCCUGCUGGUGGUGACGGCGCGGCAGUGUGGCGCCCAGGGCAAGAACGGCUACGAAGCCGGCAAGCCCGAGGAGGAUCUGUUCAGCCCACCUGCCUUGGCCCAGUCGCAGGCCGACAAGCGAAACGGCACGGGGGAGCGCGGGCGCAAGCCGCGACGCGACGGGAAGCGCUCCACCGGAACCUCCGUGAAGGCCGAGCGCUCGCUGUACAGUGGCAUCGUGACGGUGAACGGCUGUGCCGGAGGAGGGCGGCACGACGAGGAGGACGAGGAGGAGGACAGCACGAGUGCCAGCGAGCGCAUCGCCGCGCGCUACUGCGCCGCCGACGGGGAUGCCAGCAGCCCGCGGCUGGGCACGGCGCGCCGCCACCACCACCAGUCUAGCCCAGACCUGGCACGCCACUACAAGUCCAGCUCCCCGCUGCCUGCUGUCCACUUGCUGCCACACUCACCCCCUGUGGAGGGCAAGAAGCACCAGGCUGUUCAGGAGCUUCCCCCCACCAACACCUUCACCGGCAGCAACGGGGCCGGCACGUGCAGCGCCAACGCAGACGCCAUGUCCCUGGGGUCAGACCAGUGCUCCGACUAUGGCUGCCAGGCUGGAAACAAAUAUGGAAAACAGCAAACACUGCGGCGUGUCACGUUCUCCGUGGUCAACCAAGCCCAGGAUCAGGGCUGCUACGACAGCGGCAUGGAGGACUCGGAGACGCCCAGCAGCAAGAGCUCCUCGGGGCCCCGGUUGGGAGCGCUACCCCUGCCGGAGGACGGCUACGAGAGGACCACCCCAGAGGGCAGCGUGGGCGAGGAGGAGCAUGUGGAGAACGAUCCAAGGCAGCUGCCAGACGUGGCUUUAACAGGGAAGUGCACGCGGGAGUGUGACGAGUUCGGCCACUCCGACACCUGCUGGAUGCCGGUGCAGGCCUCCCCACGGAGGCGUCCUGGCAACGAACCGUCCCACCUGUCCACCUUUGGCUCGCCCGGCGGCGUGGGGGUUGGCGGCGACAGCAACAACAACAACAACGAGGACGACGAAGACAGCGAACCGGACGCGGACGACGAAGACGGCGAGGGCUCGGAGCGCGGCGGCUCAGGAGGAGUGAGGAGGCACGGGCAGCGCAGGCACGCUCGGGACACUCUGGCCAACGGAGACCCGCUGGGAGACCGAAACAGCAACAUUGGCGACCACAACCGCAACCUGCUGAACCGUAAGAUGACCUCGGCCUCUUACGACACGUUCAGCAGCGCCGGGUUUGGACGCAGCAGGCUGGAGGAGGAGGAAGGACAGCGCCCCCCAGAGGUCAUACCGCUCACUCGGACCACCGGCGACUACAAGACCACCUCCUGUCUCACCCUCUCACGCAGAGAAGUGUACCUGUGAGCCGCGAAGAAUAACACAGCGAAAGGCAGAGGGAGAGAGAGAGAGAGAGAAAAGAGAGAGACGGCGGGGGAAGAGAAGAAAGGCAAGAUGAUGGAAGGGAAGAGAUAAUAGAUAUGGAAAAGGUCCACUGAUCACUGUUUUCUUAACAUUUUAGGACCCUAAACAUAUAAAUGGGUUACACCCCUGUCAAAACAGAUGUACCCCUUAAGCCAAAUAAAUAGUUAGAAAAAUUAAAACAAAAAUAACGAAAUACUAAAAGAAACCCUCCACUUCCACUUCAAGUGUCUGAAUGCAGUUGUUGAACGAAUCAAAAUAGACUGCUGUCUGAAACCCUCACUUGGGCAACGUGAGGAUUACAGUACACACUGCCUGAUCCACCCCUACUGUAUGUGAAUGUGCGUUAAUCCUCUGUCUGUCCAGCCACCUAGGGGCUUCCAUUGGAAGUGCAGUGGAGAAGAGACGCUGGCAGUCUGUCAAGCAUAUCUUCACCAUAUGUUCCAAAGACCGAUCUUGAGCCAGUUUUUCUCCUCCCCCAAAUCAGCGUGGACCUACCCAAGGAGUGUGCACAGGAAAAAAAUCUGAGUUUAGGCUUAUCAGGCGAUAUAAAAAAGGAGUCAUUUAGAAUGAAUCACAUAUCACCUGAAUGAUACUGAUAUCAAAUAAACACUGUUAUUGCAACAAGGCAUUAUAAAAUGCUACAUGCAACACCUAACCUGUCUCCUACCUGCAAGGAUUCACUUCUCAGCAGAUACUGUGUCCUUUCAGCUAGGAAACAGUGUCCAGUUUCCUAGAAAUGGUGACGAUUGUCCCAUGCUUUUAUUCCUUUAAACUCAAUGCAGUGAGGCGUAUUCACAAUUGUAUAGUUUCUUUCACGUGUCUUAAUCUUCUUACUCCUACAUGUUCAUUUGCACUCUGUCCACACACAAACACACAUGCACACACAUUUAUAUACACACACACACACACACACAUUUCUUAUAUGUGUACAAGUAGAUGCAUGCUAAGCUCAUACCCUUGUCACGCACACAUGUACAAACACAUACGCACAGUUACUUGUGUGUAAUGUGUGUGUCCCUGUGUGCCCAAGCCAAUGCUGUCCAACAUUGCUUUUCAGGUCAAUACUGUAGCUAUAGCAUUUUGCCUGCUUUAACUCAACCAGUUUAUAUAUAAAAAAUAUGUAAAACAUUUAAACGUAUUUGAAUACCUAAUCAUUUUAACAGUACUUCUGGGGGGUCAUUCAGAUGACUUUGCAGGAACAUCUAUACUAUUAUGUAUACAAGGAACCAACAGCAGUCCUUUCUAGUAAUGUCCAUAGAUAAACCAAAUCUGUACAAUAGACUCUGCAUGACAAUAAGCAAAAAUGCUUAUUUGGUUAAGGAAAAACAACAGAUUUUUUUGUGAGGGGGGAUACUACGCCUUUCUUUAUGUUUGUAUGUGUGGCACUGGAUUAUGAGCCAAGGGAUGUCGGUGUGUGAAAUCUGCUUCAGAAGCUGGACAGAGCGAUAGAGAGCAACCUUUGAUCUUGCGGCGAACACUAGAUCAAACCUGUGCGCGAAGAGCCGGGGCAGCUCCCAAGGAUUAAAUUGCUGCAUUCAACACACGACAAUGGUUUAAAUGGCCAACACUGCUCAGACCUUAUCUACAACUCUCAGGUACCACGAGUCUAUUUGGGACUCUAGUCAGUGGUGACCCACUUCUCCCCCAUGUGCUCUUAAUGCCACGAGGGAGGUUGCUCUCCCUCCCUGUCCAUGGGUUAUCUCCCUGGCCACUAGAGGUCUCUCCCCUUUUUGACGUGUUCUCUCUUCCCACCACCUUGACACCCUUGGAUCGCACCUGAGCCGAUUUACCCCCUUUCUCACCCGCCUCUAGCUAGCCAAAUUCUGAAUCUUCACACCACUGUAAUAUAAAUAAAUACAUAAAUAAUAUGGUAUCCAGAUUCACCAGAGAUUUUGGCAUGCUUACGUUUUCUUACAUUUAUUUUAUGUUUGUUUCUGUUACUUCCACCUAAUCACCACUACUUAUACACUAUUAUGACUCCUUGUUGUACAGCUCUUUCAAGGGAGAGACUUUUGCGUCUCCAUUUUGCUUUCCUUUUAAACUGAAAGCCAUGCUAAAACCCCUUUGUGAAUCGAAACCUGCACCAUCGUACUGUCUUCACGGAGCAGCCUUCCUCUCUAUAGGCUGGGGACUCCAGCCAUGCCAAACCCCCACCGGCUCCCUCCAGCUCUCCUGCAAACGCAAGGACCCACAGACUCAUUCAGGAGCUCUGGUUCAUUAGUGCCUGGACACAACCCCAACGAGAGACAAAACAAAACAAGAGAAACUGAUUGAUGUAUUAAAAAUGAACACAGCACUGAAAAUGAUGCAGACUUGAUUGGAAUUAAAUUCCGCAUGAACUGAACACUUGAGAGACUCACUCUAGUUCUGCUCUGCAUUUUUGUCUGUUUUUUGGUAAACAGCAGAUCCUUUGAUAACUGCUGUUUUAAUGCAGUCUGUAAGUAUUACUGUAAAUUUUGCGAAUGAGGGAGGCUCUGAACUGUGAACAUGAGGGGCAUCUCCGUGUGCUUAUGUGUGUGAAUGAAUGCGGCAAUUUUUUUUCUUUAAUUUUUAAUUAUUUUUUUUUACUGCAUGCUAUACCAACAAUCCAUCCACAUAUAGCAGUUCCCAUUCCAGUUGUGGGAGGGUGGGUUAGAAAAGAGGGCUGAUAACCAGUUUUCACUGACACACAGUGUACACACACACACAACUGCACACACAUGAAAACAUGCGCACGCACACACACACACACACACAAUCUCCUUUUUUGUAUGACAAACUCAUGCCCAUUUCUGCCCACUUCUCCUAUUUCUCACCUGCCAUAUUAAAACUACCUUGUAGAGAGAUGAAAACUUUUAACCAGAAAGGCAUGCUAAAAGGUCUUCAGUCCUGCACUUAUGAUAAUUAAUGUUAAAUUGUUAUUUUUUCUUGUUUCAGUUUUUAUGCUUGUGUGAGAGACUUUGUCACUCUCAAAGUGUAAUUAUGAGAUGAAUCGCAUUUGAUAUUAAGGGGACGAAGAGGGCAAUGAAAGCUUUGGUAUGUUACAUGUACAAGUUUGACUUUGACAUUAAAACUCC